CAUGGAAGAAGGUGCAAAUGUUCAAAGGCCACCUUUGCUACGCGGACAUAACUACAAUUUUUGGAAAGGCCGAAUGAGAGCUUUUCCAAAAUCUCUUGGAGGUGGUGUUUGGAGGAGUGUGGAGAUAGGCUGGACGGAACCACGAAAAUACUCAGAAGAUCUGACCUCAUCGACUAUCAAACCAUUUGAAGAAUAUAGCAGAGCAGAAGUGAUUGCUGCGGAGUUCAAUGACAAAGCCUUGGAUGCAAUUUUUGGAGCAGUUGAUUCUACACAGUACAAACUCAUCUCAAACUGUAACAAUGCCAAAGAAGCUUGGGAUGUUCUCGAUAUCACGCAUGAAGGAGAUGAGGAAGUAAAAACAGCCAAGUAUCAAAUUCUCAUGACACAAUAUGAGAAUCUGCGCAUGGAUGAUAAAGAGAAAAUCACAGAAUUCCAUGGUAGAGUGAGAGACAUUGCAAAUCAGGCUGCACGUCUAAAUGAACCCAUCCCCGAAAAUAAGCUGGUACUCAAAGUGUUGCGGUCAUUGCCAAAGGAAUAUGACAUGGACGUCAAGGCGAUCAGAAGGUCUCACAAUAUCAAAACCAUGACUCUUGAUGCACUUAUGGGAAUAUUGGAGUCAAUUGAACUUGAUAUGACGGAAGACAGUAAACGACAUGUAGAAGACAGUCUUGUAGAACAACUUGAAGAUUUACAAGAAAAAUGGGCGGAACUGCUGAUGGUGAACAAGCGAAAUGUGGCAGACAAAAACAGAUUACUUUCUGAAAUGGAUGCACUUAAGCAGAAGAUUGAAGAGUCAAACCGCAAGAUCUACGAACUGGAAGGAGAAAACUCAAACUUGCUCUAUGAAUUCAACCAACUGAAAUCCUAUCAGAAAUGGAUUAAGGUAGCAGGAGCCGAUGUGUUAGAUCAUCACGCACUUAUGGCAAAGCUUCUAGGAGACAUGACCUGUAUCGGAUUCACUAAUACUGGAAGGAUCUCAAAAUCUCAAGAGAUCAAGUUUGUCAAAGCAAUUGAGGAAGCACUAUCUGAACACCAAGACAAGAGAAGUCACCUGAAUAACACCCGUAACAACAACCACAUCUACUACAGAUGUUACAAAUGCAGAGAAUGGGGACAUGUAAAACGACAGUGCAUCAAGAAAUGGACAAGCAGAUCAUUCCAAAAAGAAAAUACAAACAGAUUUGGAUACCCAAACAAUAUGCAUUGGUUGCAAAUACGUGUUAUAGGGUUACUCCAGAUCAAUGGCUUCUUGAGAGUGGUUGUUCACAUCAUAUGACAGGUGACAAAGAAAAUCUCAUGGAUCUGAAACCCAAUGAACAAGGAAGUGUCAGAUUCGGUGGUGGAGCACAUGGUAAAAUAGUAAGCAGCGGCAUGCUCAAUGUAACAUGACUGCCACCUAUUAAAAAUGUGUGGUUAGU